UGUUGUGCACGUUACCCAUUGCUCCAAUAACAACAGAAACAAACAGAACGGGUUGCUGAACCCAAGCAAUUUUCAAAAAAUCUGUCAUUUUUGAAUAGAACGUCGCCAUUUUGUUGGUUGUUCUCGAAAUUCACCCGCGAACAGGCUGAUUUUAUUAUGUGUGACAGCUGACAUUGUGAACGUGGGCUCCAUUCUUUGUCGAUAUUCGAAAACAAAACAACAUGAACGCUAGAUCAUACAACCUACAACUUACAGUAGAAGAAAAACAAAUUGAAGACGUGCUAUUGAGCCUGCUUCAUACUAUAUUAUUCCACAGAACUACGGGGAAAUUUACAUAUAAAAAAGAAGGAUCGUAUACAAUUGGGACGCUUGGAUUUGUCGAUACCGAUUGCCAUAGUUUUGAUUUUACGUAUGUCCGUUGCAAUUCAAGGAAUUUGGAUCAAAUAUUGCGGCGGAAUAUCAAUCAAUUUAAAGAAAAUUUAAGGAGCAACCCUUCUGCUAAGUGCGGGAGAAUUAUUCUUGAGUUUUCAAAGAAGAAAGGAAGAUGGCCAUUUGGUAUGGAGGAAAUAUCAUGGGAAAUAUGGACAGUAACGCUUGGUAUAAUCCGCGCAAGAGGAGAAUCCGAACGACAAAAAUCUCGUGAAGUGGCUGCAGAGUCAGUCAGUGAAAAGAUAAUCGAGAUUGCUCAAGCGGUCAGCAAACCAGACUACAUUCCCAAAAUGCCAAAUCAGUCGGAGUUAGGAAAUGUUUUUGACACGAAGUAUACAAGCAUACAACCGUAUUUGUUUAAGAUUAACUGUCAAACAUCCAACGAUAUUUCAUCUUCGGUUGGUACUACGAUGAGAAAACUUAUUCGAGAUACAUUUUCUUACUGAGUUUUCUCCGCCAGCACUUCAAAAUCUGUAAAAAUAAAUAGUUCUUAUUUAUUUUUACCCACCCAGAUAUUCCUCCCUUCGAUUUCAAUUAGAUAUUCUUUCAAUCCCUUUUGCAAUAAAAAUUGUUUCAAUCGCACGAGCCAUCUUUCCAACCGUCUCUCCAACGCUCGUCAACUCUAGAGCAAUCAAAUACAUCCUUUCCUAACUUCUUGUUGAUCUCGUUAUGUAUCUGACACAGCCAUUGAGACAACUCCAGUCUGCUUGAAGUCACAGGUGGACUUUUGUGCAACCUGUGAAAUGUAUAUUUAUUUUAUAUGAUAGAUUGUUGUAAUAUAAAUUUCUCACACUUAAUAUUCCGGUGGGUUUUAUUGGAAGCUAUGAAUUAAAGUAGUAACAUUGCAUUCUGGGCGCUGCAAUAGCAAUGGCAAUGAAAACCAAAGAAUUAGGUUGAAACAGAAACUUUUGUAAUGUUCUUUAUAAUAGAUUAUGAGUAGGAAAAUGAAUAAUAAUUGAAAAGAAA